GACUGGUUUAAUUUAUCUCCUGAGAACAUGACAUUCUGAACAGCAUUAAAAGAACAAUUACCCAAAUUGAAUUUACGAAACAUUAUUUUCAGUUUCAGCCAAAUGAAAAUGUUAAUUUCAGUUUCUGCAUUUCAGUAAAUAAAUACACCCACAUUUAUUUGUGAUUGACAGUUGUAGUAACCAGUGCCCACUUUCUGUUCUCUUCAAUACCCUUCCCUUCCACAGACCCUCCUGGUUUGAUGGGUCCGAUAAUCGGGAUGUCUCCAGAUAAGAAAGCCGAAUCUCCCGGAGCGCAGGGCGUGUGUGGAGCUGGGACUCUACCUGAAGCAGAGAGUGCUUCCAGUCCCAUGGCUACCAGUCUAGACCAGAUUGGUCGGGCUGGAGCAUUGAGUGUGGUGGCGGGUGAGUCUGAAGAUGAUGAACUAACCAACCUGAACUGGCUUCAUGAGAACCUGCUGCAGAACUUCACGCUCGGAGGCGAAGCGCAACCCAUCAACAGCCCGCUGUUUGACAUCGAGGGAGGCGGUGGGUCGCCACACAGCAACACCGCCUCGUCCACCUCCUCUAUCUCUGCAGGAAGCGAGAGAGAUCCUUACAAGUCAAAGCCUCCAUUCUCUUUCUCCUUACUGAUAUACAUGGCUAUCGAACAGUCGCCCAGCAGAUCUCUCCCAGUGAAGGACAUCUACAGCUGGAUCCUCAAACAUUUUCCAUAUUUCUCCAGCGCCCCUACUGGCUGGAAGAACUCAGUGCGCCACAACCUGUCC